AUGUCAGACGCAAAAGAAAGAGCGGCUGCAAGACGACAGGCAAUCCUCGCGUCCAAAUCGGACCGUCUAGCAAAGCUCACAGCAAAAGCAAAGAAUGAGGGAGACGUCGCUGGAAACGUACGGGAAACAAUAGACGGCAUGUGGACAUUGAUUUUCUAUGAUUCCGCGCUGACACGUAUCCAAGAUCCCCCUCUUGCAGAACUUCCUUCGAGGCCCCAAGAUCCCUUGGCUAGACGAGAAGUUAGCAAGACUCCAGAACGGUCAUGGAAUGCAAACGUGGACCCGACGAGCUUUGAACCGGUCGAACCUCUCCAACUGGACCAACUGAAGGCCCUGCAAACAUUCCUUGGAAGCCGCUCCAGGGAGGGAACGCCUCUACUUUCCUCACCAUCGCCUUUUGAGCGUGGUUCUAGCCCAUUCUUACCUCCAGAAAAUAUAUUUGGCACCUCGCAACCACCUAUGCAGCCAACCCGCAAGACACUUGUCGAAAAGCUGUUUCCCUUGCUUCACGUGCUUUCGACAAUCAUUUUCGUCUGGUUCACGCUGUGGAGAACUGGAGGACUUGGUGUCGAUCAAAUCUCGUCGACAGAGUAUUGGAAACGAUGGGCUGAGCUUCAAUAUUCACCGCCUUCGUUUGGCUGGUCCGGAGAGCACAAGCACGUACUGUGGACCUAUCUCGGUCUCCAGUUCUUCCUCCACUCUCUCCGACUCCUUCUGAGCCCAACGGUUCCCCAACUCCCGUUUAUACUGAGCUUGGUUGUACCUCACCUACCGCCACCGCUGCCUGUCAGCAUCCAAACUGGAUACCGAUACAUCCAAAUGUUUAGUCUUUUGCUCGACGACUUGUUCGUCUUUAUUUCUGAAAUGCGAGUUGAUGACAAGGAACGCCGUUCGAUGGCCAGCCGGCCCCAGGACACGCGUCCAAGUGUCAUUACGUCGAUUUUAGGAGUUGUAGGACGCGAGUUGCAGCAGUUUGUACUCAACGCUGCGGGCGUCAGUGCCUCUGCACCAACAAUUCAAGAGGCAGAUAAAUCGCCAGCUAGGCCCAGGAAACGAAGAUAUAAUGCCGUCGGUGAUGAACAAGGGACGGAGGACAGCAGACCGACAAAAAGGUCUCGCCAGGACCAUUCAGAGGUCUUACCUUCCUCUCCAUAUUCCUCUCCAGACCCUUCAGAUGCUCGAAAACCAAUGUUUCCAGCAAAGCGACUCCCACCAUCAACUCAAAAGCCAGAACCUACAGGUCAUACCUACAAAGCAGACACUCAUCGGAGAUCAGCCAUGCCAGGUGCACUCUACGAGCAGUCCGAAUCCGAGUAUGACGUUCAAGAAGAUCGUCGUGUAAGAUUUGCACGCGAUACGGCUUCUCCCGCGUUGCCGCCGCGUCGGUCCUCAAGCUCGCCAUUGUCGAAUACUGAAACAAUCAUGCGGUCGUUCCCUCGCCUAAAUUACGAUGUCGAGAAAGUAACCCCACCUCCAUCCACCGCCGACGAAGAGGAAUCACUUUCCUUUUCUCAGAGUCAAGCAGUCCGCUCACCCGAAGCUGAUUUCGUACCCCUCCACUCCCGUAUUGGCUCCGACACGCGAUCUGCAUCCUCUUUAAACGACUACGAAGUGAGGCAUCGGUUACGUGACUCUGUCAACUCGUUGAGAGCAGCAGAAGGCGCUUCGUUCACCUCGAUGACUUCGGAACGCUCAUUUGAGCAAGAACGGAUCGCAGAGCUCGAAAGAGAAGUAAAGAAAUUAAGAGAAGAACUCGAACGACGGGACCAUGCUGCCCCCGCAGCUCCUCCCGUUCUCGCAGUACCUCCUCCACCACCUCCUCCCCCGCCACCCCCACCUUUUGUGGGGACGGAUGUCCCCAAAACAAGCACACCAGCGAAUAGUAUUCUAACCAACGCGCGAGCGGCCCUAAAGGUUACCCCGAGCAAUCCGAUCCCCACUACCACUACUACUGUCAGUCGUCCUUCUACAAUGAUGUCUACGGUUCCCGCUGUGCAGAUGGCAGCGUUCCUAAACGAGAUGAAAUCGGUUCGUCUGAGAAAGGUAGCAUCGAAACCCGAGCUCCGGGAUGGCAUUCAAGGGACUUCCAACUCUCUUUCAAAUCCGAUACCGAGACCGAGGCAACGGCAGGCAUUUUCCCAAGAUAGUGUAUCAAGCCAGAGUGUCGGUAGCUCCUUUGCUGCCUCUGAUCUCUCUCACAAAAGUCAACGCCCGGAACUCAGCCACUGGGAAGGCCGACGCACCGACACUUCUAAAACCAUCCCUCAGCCGAUGUUCGAUACACUUAGAGUAGGCGAACGUCGACCCUUUCAAUCUAGCGCUUCGGGUGCAGAGACUGCAGCUUCGAGCUCACGACCUCCUAACGCGUCACGACUGCGAGGCACUCAUCCAACUGUUCAGCGUGAAUACACGCCAGAUCGUCUAUUCCCAAGUCGCCCUUCGGGGUCAGGGCCUCUUCCCACCCUAUCACCUAACAGACCCCGACCUCCCAACCGACGGCAUCAUCCACCGGUUGGUCACAGUUACGGUGAAGAGCCACUAGCAAACGAGUCGAGUGACGACGAAGAUCCUUUGGCGCUUUUGGCGCCACAUAAACUCGGGAAAAAGGCCCCGCCAAUCAGCGAAGUGCAACAAACUCGCCAGCGCAACCAGACUCCGACUCGUCCUCGGCUUGACGAGAACGAAGGCUACAGUUUAGCAGCAUCAACUGCAAGCGAUAUCCCAAGUCUUGAGCACGAACUGAAGCGGAUGAUACGCGCCCAGGUCGAGCGGGAGUUUGAGCAAGAGCUAAAGGAGCUUAGUUCAAGCUCGAGGGCCGUGCUGACCGGUAGAGGAAGUAGAGAGCAAGACGGCUAUCUCGCAGGAGGCGGAGGUGGUGGACCAGCUAUUUGGAUCGAGGACGCCCGCAAGCCAUCCCAGCCUCAGCAAUAUGGGGAUCCGGUGUUAAAACGACGCGGACGUGAUAUGUAA